CAAAGAGUCUCAUGAGUAGUGUUGUAUGGAUUUUUCGUCAUUUUUAGCGGAUUUUGCAAAGACAAAUUAGAAUUUCAGAUGCAGAAUUGGGGUUUUCUAGCUAGAUUCUGGGGUUGCUGGGAAUUUCUUGGAUUCACGUUCUGAGGGGAACCUGCAUUCUAGAUUCGUUUCCUUGAAUCCCAUUUUAUAAUUGUUUUUUGAGAGCAUUUCUGAAGAAAAAGUGGAAUUUUAAUACAAGAAAGUUGAAUUGGGGUUUGUUUCAUUGAAAUUUGAUAUUACACAAUAAAAGAAUUUCUGAUUAGAAAGAACCAUUUUCUGGAAAAAUCUUCGAAUCUGCAUUUUGUGCAUUUUGGGCUGGUUUAGUCUUAUUUAUGAAAAUUUAGGACUUGGUCUGAAUUCUCCAUGGGGAAGAAAAAGAAGCAAACAGGAGGGAAAACUAGUGAUUCGGAUUCAAAUCAAAACAAAUCAGAAGAGUCCAGCUCGAAAAUGUUCAAUGAGGAUGCUGCUGUCUUCAUCAACAUGGCUCAGGAAUUGAAAAUGGAUGGCAACCAGCUGUUUCAGAAACGGGACCCGGAAGGAGCCCUGUUGAAGUAUGAGAAAGCCCUUAAGCUGCUCCCCAAGAACCAUGUUGAUGUGGCCUACAUCCGCAGCCACAUGGCUGCUUGCUACAUGGACAUCGGCCCUGGUGAGUGGCGGAAGGCGAUUGAAGAAUGCAAUCUGGCCUUGGACAUCUCCCCCAAGUAUGGUAAAGCCCUCUUGAAGAGGGCGAGGUGUUAUGAAUAUCUGAAUAGGCUCGAUUUGGCCUUGCAAGAUGUCAGCUUGCUUCUGAAGUCGGAGCCGAACAAUGCUACGGCAUUGGAGAUCGCGGAGAGGGUUAGAGAGAAGCUCGAGAAGAAGGGACUCAAGGCUGACAAUAGAGGGAUCAUUUUGGCUCCAGAAUACGAUGAGCUCCCAUGUCCAUCACCUAAAACAGUGAAACGUAAGCUUAGAAAGAAGAAGAGCAGCAAGAUGGAGGAUAAGGUGGUUGUUGAGGAGCACCAUAAUGACAAGUUGGCCGUGGAGGAGCAUCAAAAUGAUACGGAAGAGGCGACAAGGACUGUGAAGUUGGUGUUUGGGGAGGAUAUAAGGUGGGCCCAGAUACCGACCAAUUGUAGCAUUUCACAGCUGAGGGAGAUUGUCUGGAAUCGUUUUCCGGGCUUGAAGGCCAUUCUUAUCAAGUAUAAAGACCAGGAGGGCGACUUGGUAACAAUCACCAGCACGGAAGAGCUGAGGUUGGCUGAAGCAUCAGCUGAUCCUCAGGGUUCAGUAAGGUUAUACGUUGUAGGAGUCUGUCCUGGGAAAGAUCCGUUGUUCUUCGAGGAAGCGAAAAAUGGUGGGGAAACACGAAGGGCUGAUAUGAUCCCAAGUAAUGUUCCUGAGAAUGGAAGGACGAAGCGGGGUGGGGAAAACAGGUCUUUUUGUAUCGACGAUUGGAUUGUCCGAUUUGCUCAGCUGUUCAGGAACCAUGUUGGGAUCAAUUCGGAUGGGUACUUGGAUCUUCAUGAACUUGGGAUGAAAGUAUACUCAGAAGCUUUGGAGGAAGUGGUUACGAGUGAAGAAGCACAAGGUCUUCUUGAGGAUGCAGCUGGAAAGUUCCAGGAGAUGAUGGCUGUAGCUCUGUUCAAUUGGGGGAAUGUUCACAUGUCCCAGGCGAGGAAGAGAAUGAUCUUGACAGAAGAUGCUUCGAGCGAUUCAGUAAUUGAGCAGGUUAGAAGUGCUUAUGCGUGGUCAAAAAGAGAGAAUAAGAAAGCAGGGGAGAAAUACAAAGAAGCCCUAAAAAUAAAACAUGACUUCUAUGAAGGGUUCCUCGCGCUGGGGCAACAGCAGUUUGAGCGAGCGAAACUUUCUUGGUGUUUUGCGAUGGGAAACAAGGUUGAUUUGAAGACAUGGCCUUCUUCAAUAGUUAUAAAUCUUUUCACACAUGCUGAGGAGAACAUUGUGAGGGGCGCAGAGAUUUGGGAGCAGGUGGAGGCAAAGGGUUUGAACAGACUCUCUAGAAUAGAUAAGGAGAAAGAAGUGCUGCAGAAAGUCGGGUUGGAUGGUCAUUCCAAAGAUUCAUCUGCAGACGAAACUGCAGAGCAGGCUACGAACAUGAUGUCUCAGAUCAACCUCCUGUGGGGCACCAUGCUCUAUGAGCGCUCAACUAUAGAAUUCAAGUUAGGGAUGGAGUCGUGGAAAAAUCAUGUGGAAGCUGCCACCAAAAAAUUCAAACUUGCUGGAAUUUCUCAAACAGACAUUGCAGCUAUGAGGAAGAAUCAUUGUUCUAAUGUGCCUACUGAUCUAGGGUUGGGGUUCGAUACUGAUGAGAUAGUGCAGGCAUGGAAUGAAAUGUAUGAUGCUAAAAGGUGUCUGAGUGGCUUUCAAUCUUUCCGGCUAGAACCGUUACUUCAACGGCAGGUCCCAAAAUUGCAUCGUAUCUUGGAGCAUGCAUGAUUUGUUUGUCAUCGACUUGGGGGCAAGGGAUCAAAUUUUGAACCAUUUUUCAUACACAUUUGAAGACUCUCCAAUGCUCAUAAGCGGCACAUGUUGCUGACUGAGAUAGUAUCAACUGGGAGUGCCGAAUGCUACAGCUUCGAUGCAAACACGGAUAUCUUCAGUGGCAAUUUUGAGUGCCAGACCCAUCUGGACCAGCUCCUAUCUGUACUCCUGUGUCUGAUCAGCUGCCAAGCUGAUCUUACUGAAAAACAUCCUGAUACCGCACACAGCCAUACCAACUUAUCUUCUACAUCUGCUGUUUUGAUCCUACUCUUGAAGUAUCAUCUGUUCUGCGGCUAUCAGCAAAUGUGAAGCAAAGUCUGCUACUUUCCACAACCCAUCCAACAUGAGGUAGCCCACUAUUUGCCGUCUCUGACUUCCAUUGGAGCAUAACUGUUAGGCUGCAUCAAUAAUGACUCAUUUCCGAUCCAAAUAUCAGACCAGAAGUUCACAUUACCUCUUCCUAUCUAUCAGCUGUUUGGAGUUUGAUUUACUACAGCUCCGCUAAUUAAGCUCCUCCAUAGUCUGGAUCCAGAUGUAGGUUGCAGCUUAUCCAGCUGUCUGUAAAGCCAGAUUGCCUGAGAACUCCACAAGGAACUUCUACUCAAGGCAGUCAAAUGCUUUUUCCAUUCCCCAACGUUAAGAUUAUGUUACCUCCCCACACCUUUCUAUCCAACAUUCUCCCCCACCAUUUUCGAGUCUAGAGCAACAUUUUCCAAUGUGUUCUGUCCUUGCACAAAUGCACCAACUUGCUUCUCUGAUAUAAUGCCCGUUAAUAACUUGUUUAACUUGAGAGUGAUGAUUUUAGAGA